UAAGAGAAUAGAAUCAGCCAAUGGUUCCUGGAGAAGAAAAAAUUCUAGAAUGCAUUAUUAACAAGAUCAUUAGUAUCUAGAAAAUAAAACUAUGAAAGGUAACAGCAAGUGUAGCCAUGCUCACUUUUCCAUCCCCAAAUUAUCCCACACAAAUCUGGAAAAAGUACUAUACCAAGUCCUAUAUAGGACUUUUUUUUAAAAAACACCAUGAGUCAUUUUCCAGGCCAGAUAAGCAAAAGGAGAUAGACCAAAAGGUCUGUAGACCUUAGAGAUAGAGUUAAGGAAUGACCACACAGCAUUCCAGGACAAGAAGAGGCAGUAUACCAGGGCAAGAAGAAAUCUCGGACUUACUGAGAGUCUGGUCUUGUAAAAGGAACAGGAACAGGUCAAAACACAAUCCCACUUCCAUCCCCAAAGAAGCAAUUACCACUGCAAAAAGUCAGGAGCAGGGAGAAGCAAUUUUUCAGCAUUGUAGAAGAUGGAUUAAAUUGAAGAGGGGGGAGACAGUAUGCAGAGAUACAUUUAUGAGAGGUGACUGAUCUACAUAUCAAAAGAAUAUGGCUGCACAAAUAUCAGAAACUGAUCAGAUUAAACAGUUUAAAGAAUUUCUUGGAACUUACAAUAAACUCACAGAAACUUGUUUUCUGGAUUGUGUUAAAGACUUCACAACAAGAGAGGUUAAACCAGAAGAGUCUACCUGCUCAGAACACUGCCUACAAAAAUAUUUAAAAAUGACACAAAGAAUAUCCUUGAGAUUUCAAGAGUAUCACAUUCAACAGAAUGAAGCUCUGGCUGCCAAAGCAGGACUCCUUGGCCAACCACGAUAGAAAAGUGUUAAUGGAUGGACCUUUCCAUAUAGCAGUGCCAACAGUUGUUGCAUUGGAAGUAGGAGUUCUUUUGAUCUUAAACUGUUGUGGAUAAUUUUCACCAUGUCAUUGAUUUUGAGCAUUUCGCAAGUGGAAACCAUUGGAGAAACAAAUGUGCUUCUUACCAGGAAUAAGCAAAGUACAAGAUCUUGUCUUACUGUGCAAUGAAAGUAUUAAGAUGCAACCUUUGUGGGGGCCUUAAAAUUCAACAGCCUGGCCACUUGAUUAGCAAAAUAAACCAUUGUUUCUUCAAUUGUGACUGUUAAUUUUAAAGCAAAGUAUGUGUUCAAUCAUGUGUAACAUAAAAAUUAUUUUUAUUACCAAAAGUAAAAUAAGUGGCAACAUUUAAGUUCAUAUUUUUAUCAAUAAGCAGCUGUUUAUACCAAGAAUUACCAUAGUAUCCAGAUUGGAGUCUAUCUGAAUACUUACCUGAAAUAUUUUUCACUCAGGAUCAUCCUCAAGGCAUUCCCGUUCAUUCAUUUCUGCCUCAAAUUGCUGGUAAAUACACAAGAGUUAUUUGCUGAUCAUUUCAAUGCAUAGUCUUUCCUUCCCUCCCCUUCACUCUGUUCUACCUGUCUCCCUCCCUCCCCCAGUCUGUCUUCCUCUGUCAGGAUGAGCAUUUGACUUUUUUCCUGUGCCUCUAGGAAAAAUCGCAUCCAUUACUAGCAUUAAGAAGUAUGUCUACUGACAGUCAUGGUCUUUACACAGAUUAUGAGAAAGAAGCAUGCAUAAUAGGGUUCCAGAUCACCUAUAUAUAAUUCAUUUAUCACCACUUAAAUUCUGGGUUAGCCAGAUUUUCUCUCUUAAAUAUGCCCAAGUUAAAUAAGAGAAACCAAAGUUAAAUUAUUUAUUGGCUUAAAAAAUGCACAAAUAAAAUGAGUAUCUAUGAAAAGUAAUGGCUGACUCAGGCAUAAAAGAGAAUGGGUUUUUGUAAACAAUUUUAAUCUGAUGACAAAUAAAAAACAACUAUAGCUAACAAUUACUUGGGUAAAUUCCAUUUGAUUCAAAUAUUAAAUUGUAGUUAGAAAGAUAAAAGAAUUUAGGUCUAACAAAAGUGACUUAUUGUAUUUCUGUCACUGAUGGAAAGAAAAACAUUUUCAUAUAAUGAUGUAACUUGAAGUAGAAUGGAAAAAUCUUUAUGAUAAAUUUACAUAUGCUUUUUUUUUUAAAGCCUCCUUUAGAAGCUGAACUAUUUCACUUCAUUAUCCAGCCUCAGCAGACACAACUGUUAACUGAAAUCCUGAAGUGCAAAAAUGAAAAAAUCUGAAAUUUGACCAAGGUAUCUUAGAAAUGUGACAAACAUAUACCACAUCUCAACAAAAGAAUUGAUUAAUUACCCUAGGGUGCUAGAGUAAUCAGUAUUUUAGAAAAGAUACACUUCAGAUGUCUUUCAACAUGAAUAUACACAUGGAUAUAAAAUUCUAAUUUUCCACCUUGAUUUCACAAAAUAAUGAAAUCCAUACAAACCUGGCACAUCGCAGGUAGUUUGCGCAUCAGCAUAUCAAAGACCAUAGGAGGCAGUGUUUGUUUGAAAACGUCCAGAAGUUUCUGUGGCUGCCCACAUACUAAAAUGGCAUUGCUUAGAUGUUCAACUCCUAUUUUGUGUUCACCUGAAACAAAGGCAUGUUGGUUUUGAAUGAAAGUUCCAAACUUUUUUUUUUUUAUCAAAUUCUUUUACCACAAAAUGCCAAUAAUCUCAACAUGUUAAAGUACACCUUGACCAAAUCUGUCAUUAAAGAUAGGAACCCUUGCUUUCAAAUGUAAUAGUGUCAGACAAAAUACCUAUCAUACAGAACAUCAGAUAGGAGAGGUAUCAAAAAGAAUUUGCUGGAUUUAAAAUGUCAUAGUAGAAAAGGAAGGCUAAUGUAGCUUGAGCUACAACAAACACAAUGUUUGGAAGUGUUAACAGCCUUUGACUUUGAAAAUUGUUAGCUCUACAGUGUUGUAUUUGAGUUUCUUUAAUUAAAAUAGAGGGACUAUAUUGGUUCAUACUGGAAAGAUAAAAUCUUUUAAACUAUUCCACAGUAGUCUCCACACUAAAUAAAACAUAUAGGAAGGUAGCUCUCUGAAUGUAAUAAAUAUGGAAAGGAUUACACCCAGAACUAUAAUACUUAGUGAACAUUAAUCAAUAUUUGGUGGAAACCUUCUAGAGGAAAUCUCUAUAAAAUUUCUCACUGUAAGAACCACAAAAAGUCUCAGAAAAAGAAUAGGAGAAUUAAAGAAAGAAAGAAGGAUGGAGAUUAGGGAAGAUAUUAAAACUCAAUGAAGAAAUCAGAAAGAAUAAAUAAUUUAGAAAACGAAAAUAAUAGAGGGAUUUGCUCAUUUGUUUUACAAUUCUGUCAGUUCUCAUUAAAGACUUGGAAUAGACAUAGGAUGUGGGUUAAUUGUAAGGUUUCUUUUAACACUAUAUAUACGCUUUGAUAUGUCUUAGAUUAUUGGCCUGUUGAUUAUAUGAAAUAUAAUGGAUUCUAUUAUCAAAUACUGUCAAUAUUAACAUUUCAUGUUAAUUUGUUCAUUAAGUUCAAAAAAGGGAAAAAACUUAUUUUUCUAAGGCAGGUAUAUCUCCAUAUUAUAUCCAUAGAAGUCAUAAUAAUUUGAAUUUUCUGGUACUACCUUGUCCAAUCCUCUCGUUUUACAGAUGAGGAAACCAAUUUGUGCAGUUAGUUGCAAAUACCUUCUUAGUACUUUACACACAGGUAAUAAUAGUAUGUACCAGAGCCAGCUUUAAACCAGAUCCUCUGACUCAAUACCACAAUGCCCCUGUUUAUCACAGGAUUUUCAUGAUCAUUUAUAGUUAAAUAUAGCUAGAACUGAAAAAUAGAUCAUUCAAGAACAAGAUUCAUAUUCAUGAAAAUGAUCUCUAAAACAUGCUGACCUCUGGGGUCCUCCAUCUCCAUCAAGUGACUCCUUGAGCCCCCUUCAUCACACCGUUGAUCUCACCCUAGUAUUCCACUAUAAAGAAUUCCUGACCAUAACUUCCUACAGUUUAUCCUCUCCCUAUGCUUCAUUCUAGUCCUAUUCUUUGCCUUCAUUGGGGCUCUCAAUUUCUUCUGAGGUCUUAACCCACACUCUUGCUGAAAUUCAUUUUCCUCUCCCCAGUAUUGAAGCUCUGCUCCUACUUAUAUACUCAUGAAGAGAUGAAGUCACACUGUUGUGAUUGGAUCCACUAGAAGUGUUUCUCUAAUCUCCAUUGGACCUUCCUGCAGUGUAUAUAGUCCAGCCUGACUGGCCUUACUGCUAUUCCUCUUAUCUCCAUGACUUCGAAUUGCCUUCCUACCCCAUGCUGGGAAUUCCUUCUUCCUCUUAGAAUCUCUUCAUUCAAAACUCAACUCAAACACUUUUUUACAUAAAACUUCUUCUGGUACACACACACACCCCUGCUAGUACCCUCUACAAAUUAUUUUGCAUAGAUUUGCAUAUGUACAUGUAUCCCCUAAAAGAAUAUAAAUCUCUUGAGGCCAAGGACAGUUUUAUUUUAGUCUUUGUGUAUUCAGUGCCUGGCACAUAAGCACUUAAUACUUGUUUAAUUAAUUUAAUCUCUCCCUACCUAUUGGCUCAUUCCCCUACUGCCUACAAAUAGAUCUUUCCUGUCCUUAAAAAACCCUCAUUUAGGGAGGCAGUUGGUUGACUCAGUGGAUUGAAAGCCAAGUCCAGAGACAGGAGGUCCUAGGUUCAAAUCUGGCCUCAGAUACUUCCUAGCUGUGUGACCCUGGGCAAAUCACUUGACCCCAAUUAACUAGCCCUUACCACUUCUGCCUUGGAACUAAUACUUAAUAUUGAUUCUAAGACAGAAGGUAAGAGUUUGUUUGUUUUUUAAACCUCAUUUGUUCCUAUAAUGCCCUUCUAACAAUUCCCCCUCCUCUUCACAACCAAAGUCCUAGAGAAGACAUAUAUACUUAUUGCUUCAUUUCUUCUCAUUGACUUCUGACCCUUGUAGUCUGGCUUCUGUCAUCACCAAACCCAAUUAUACAACAUUAUUAUGUUGUAUCCUAGGUUGUAUUAUAUUAUGUUGUAUAUUAUAUACUCUGUGACAGGCAAGCACUAUGCUAGACACUGGAGAUACAAAGAGAUAGAAGAAUCCCUAUUAUCCAAGAGCUUCUACUCUAACGAAUUCUGUUCUGACCAAAGUUACCAAUUAUUUCUUAAUUGCAAAAUCUGAACAGUUUUUCUCAGUCCUCACCUUCAGCCUCUCAGCUGCCUCUGCCACUGACCACCUCCUCUAGGUUUCUACAACACUGGUCCUAGUUUUCCAGCCUAAUCAGUUUCAUUUAUUACAUCGUCAUCCCUAUCUUGCUCUCCCAACUGUCCUGGCCAUUCCUGGGAACCUCAUGCACUCCUCCAAGAGUUUAAUGAUCAUCCCAAUGCAAAUGAUUCCUACAUCUAUGUAUAUCCAGCCAUGUUCUCUCCUGAGCACCAUAUAACCAAAAUGUCCAAAAUAGAACUCAUUAUCACACCACUCUCAUCCUUUAUAUUUUCCAAACUUGUCUAUUUCUAUGGAAGGCAUUAUUCCAGUUCAUUCAAGUUCACUACCUCAUAGUCAUCCCUGUCUCUUACUUUCCCUUAUCCCAUGUAUCCAGUUAGUUGCCAACAUUUGUCAAUUCUGCCUCCAUAUCUGUCAUAUCCAUCCCAGUCUUCCCACUCAUAUGGCCACCACUCAGGUUCAAGCCCAUGUCAUCUCUUACUCAGACUACUGCAGUAGCCUCUUGACUGGAUUCCCUACCACAGCUCUCCUUUCACCAAACCAUCUUUCCCAUAGCUGCCAAAGAGAUAUUCCUAAAUCACAGGUCUAACCAUGUCACUCUUAUUCAAUGAAUUCUAGUGCCCCAGUGCCUCCUCUAUUUAGCAUGUAGAAUCCUUCAACACCUGGCUUUAUUAUACAUUCCUUCCCCUCACACUCUUUAGUCCAGCCACAAUGGCCUUCUUGCUAUUACAGUGACACUCUUAUCUCCCAUUUCUGCACCUUUGCACAUCCUGUUCCCCAUGUUUGGAAUGGACUCCCUCCUCAACUCUGCCUCUGAAAAUCCCUAGCUUUCUUAAGAACUGUUCAACUGCCACCAUUUACGUGAGACCAUAAGGUCCUGUUCAUCCUAGCUGUGCCUCCAAAAAAAAAUUACCUUGUAUUUAUUUUGUAUGUACUUUUAUGUGUACAUGUCUUCCCCCCCCUUAUUGAAUGUAAGCUCCCUGGAGAGCAGAAACUGUUGGCAUUUUUGUCUUUGUAUCCCUAGCACUUAGUACAAUGCCUGACAUACUAUUGGCACUUAAUAAAUGUUGUUGAUUAAUUGA